GACGGAUCACCUGCAUGAAUAUCGCUGUGACAGCUGAUUUUUGGAAUAUCAAAAUUGCUGCUGUGUAUCCUACAGAAAACCUGGCUUAGACAUAGGUUUUGCUUUUGCUUCAUGGUCCAUGCUUUUUCUCAGUGUGGAGGAAAGGAAAGGAAAUGAAGUUUCUUGCCCAAAGCUGUGUUGAAUCACCAGUUCUCUCCUAAGCAAAAGGCAAAAUGAGUUAACCACAAGCCAGGAAUACCCACCUCCUGUUCUUAGCUGGAGGCACUUGUGUGGUGCCUCUUCCUUUCUUAACUAAAUUUAAAAGUCCUGAAAAGGAGCCUCCAAGCCUCCCUGAAUCCAACAUGUGUCUGUGAGAGCUGCAGGAUCUCCUCUGAAGGACUUCCAGGGCUGCAAAUGCCCCUGGAUGAGGCAGCACCAACCUUUUUGGCUCUGUUACAGCCCCACAUUCCCUCCUGUAACCUCCAUUGCCCUCAGGUGUUCAGAGGUCAGGGAACCUUGGCUGACAAAGGUUGCAGGGCUUUGUCCCGAUCCUCAGGGUAAUUUGUAUUUUAAAGCACUGCCCGUAUUUUCAGGAUCUAUAGGAAAGCUGCUGCCUUGAUUUCUCUAAUGCCUGGGGAGCUGCUGUUUGGGAUGUAGGUGGGAUAAAAUAAGCAUUCUAAAAAUGACUUUUCAGUCUUAAAUUUUCUUCAGUGCUUGUGCUUGUGUCUGUCAAUCUUCCUGUGAUCAGGGAACAGGCAAGUCUCAAGCAGGAGGGACUUGUGUUAGGAAGCGUGCUGGAAUUCUGGAGGUGCUCCCACAGAAACCUGCCAUACAAUUCUCAAUAUGUCUGUCCCAUUACCACACUUCCCUUACAAUUCUAAUACUUUCUUUUCAAUACAGCCAGCAAACAUGCUGAUUUUUUUUUUUAAGUGUAAGUGGAUUCAAGUCAAUUUGCAAAGCAGCAUUCAAAAUGUGACCAGAAGAGUAAUAGGGUGAGAGACUUAAAUCCCAAUAUAGCCACUAAUGCUGGUUAAUUCCUGUAAGCCUGGCAGCCCUGCUCCACUUGCAAUGAGUUUGGAGUGGUCUCUGUAAGGGAGAGACUGGAAACAUGCAAUGGUGGCAGAACGCAGAAAACCUGCCCGCUCACUUUACCAGGGGGAAUCUGAGCGUGCUGAAGAAGAAGUGGGAGAAUCCGGUGCUGGGAGCGGAGCCUGGCAAGGAGGCGGUGCGGGGCAGCUCUGCUGAGGUGAGGCACAAGGUCGGGACCGGCCGCGCCCCUUCGCCAUCCCCGGGCGCUGGAGCUGCCCCUGGCCGGCCGCAGUGUCCCGCCGGUGACAGCGCAGAGCCCCGCGGCCGCUCCCGGGAGGGUGGCACCGUGGAAAACUGUGCGAGAGAGCCCCGCGAAAUGGAAAAGCCCGAAGGCAGCGAGAGGUCGGAGUCUCCGGGGAGGAUCGAGAAGUACAACGUGCCCCUGACCAAGCUCAAGAUGAUGUUCGAGAAGGGGGACGCCCCUCAGCCCAAGGGCCCCCGGGAGCCGCGGAGGGCGGCCGCGGGCAGGAGGAUUUCGGAGAACAGCCUCUCCUUGGAGGACUGCGAUGCCGCGCAAGGAGACAGGAGCCACGGCACAGCAGGGUAUCUUGUAGAGACCAGUCCAGGAGUCAGCCCCGACAAGGCAGAGACCAGGAAGAACCUGGACAUGCCUCGUUUAUCGGAGACAUCCAUAAAGGACAGGCUGGCCAAGUACCAGGCAGCUGUGUCCAAGCAGGGCAGUUCCUCAGGCAUCAUUCCCAUGAGUGAGAUUCAAGCCAGUGAGAGUGAACUCAAGAAUUACAAAUCUGGGCAGAAGGAGAAUAUGGCACCAAUUGAGGACUCCAGCUCGUGUCAGGAUGGGGAGAAGGUUUCUGUGGGUGAGAACAGCUUGUCUUUGCACUCUGGUCUGCUGGAGGAUGGCCAUGCUGGACAGUCGGAGAGCGAGGCAGAAGCUCAGAAACCUGUGAGCUCCAAGCAGCAGAACCUCGGUGCUAAAGCAGCUGGGCAGACAGAGGCCUCCCCUCCGAAAGCCGUGAAGAAAUUCCAGUUGCCAAUGAAGGAAACCUGUGUUGGGUGUCAGAAGACUGUGUACCCCAUGGAAAGGCUCUUUGCCAACCAGCAGGUGUUUCACAUCAGCUGCUUCCGCUGUUCCUAUUGCAACAGCAAGCUCAGCCUCGGGACGUACGCCUCUCUGCGGGGGAACAUCUACUGCAAGCCUCAUUUCAAUCAGCUCUUCAAGUCCAAAGGCAAUUAUGAUGAGGGCUUUGGACACAAGCAGCAUAAGGAGUUGUGGGCAGGUAAAACUGAAUGUGAAGAAUCCCCCGAGAAAACCGUCCAUGGUGUGAAUUCACCAGAAACACCACAAAGCCCAGGAGUAGAGGAUGCCCCGAUUGCAAAAGUGGGAGUUCUGGCAGCAAGUAUGGAAGCAAAAGCUUCAGCUGUGCCUGAAAGGGAAGAAAGACCAGCAGAAACAAAAAAGCUCAGGAUCGCAUGGCCACCUCCGUCUGACCAAAGUAUCCAAGGAAGUGCCUUAGAUGAGGGCAUCAAAGUACUCAAACCCAAGUGGCCUCCAGAAGAAGAGAUUUCCAAGCCCGAUGUGCAGGAGGAUGUGGAUCUGGAUCUCAAAAAGUUAAGAAGGUCUUCCUCGCUGAAGGAGCGCAGUCGCCCCUUUACAGUCGCAGCCUCGUUUAGAACAAUAUCUGUUAGAGGCCAUAAACCAGAGAAUUCACCGUCUCCUUCCAAGGAAGAGAGAGACACACUGAAAAGGAGUGAGGAACUGGAGAGAGAGGUCGUCGUAGAGAAAAAGCAAAAGGAAAAGACGGUUGAGCAUAGGAACAUCCAGAAUGCCGGGGAGAAAAAUGUGGAGGAAGAACGGGAAUUGCCUGGUAUGGAAACGGCAGAGCAUAACGUUGUGGAGAAUGGCCAGAUGAAUGCAGACACAGACGAGGAAGAACACGCUACAGAGGAGCCAGAAAUUCCAAAGGAAGAAUUCCUUGAACCAAAUUCUCCUAAACAUUCCAGCUUAGCCAACGUUGUGAGCGCUAAGGAACCAUCUCCAAACCAGAAUCGCAAAUCCCAAGACGUUGGUUUUUGGGAGGGUGAAGACAUGGAAGAUCUGUCUGUGGAAGAACAGAUCAAAAGGAAUCGCUACUAUGAAGAAGAUGAUGAUGAUGAAUAAAUUGGCCUUUUUCUAGAAAAUUUGCUGCAAGGUGCUGGGCCUUUUGAAAUGGGUAUUUUUAGCUUUAACAAACAGCUCUCCUGGAUGAAGUGAUGCUGCACUGCACAUCAGCAUUAAGGGAAUCUACGUACAAAUGAUCUCAGCUAGAAAACUCUGGAAGCCUGCGAAUUCUUUAGGAGCAUGGAACAAGUGUCUGGCUGUGGGAUGGCUUCAGCAGGUAGUGUCUGUCCCCAGCAUGAGAACAGAGCUGUUCUCUGUCUUAUCCCUUUGAGCUUCAAUAGGUGUUCCACUAACAAUUCAUGGAAUUCCACUGUACUUGCCACGCUGGUGUGGGACAGGGCUCUGGAACACACCACCCGUGCCACUCCAAAUGCUACUGCAGUGCUUAGGGACCAACUCCAAAGGGACUUUCUGGCAUGCUUUAAAAUGGUCACUUAAUGCACUUUAAUACAUGGAAAGGGCACAACUGGGCUUUUUUUUUUUUAAUAAUAAAAGCAUUUCUGUGUGUAAUGUCCAACAACUAAAGCAUCCUAAACCGAGUGCAAUGUGAAUUUCUGUCUCAAACCUGCCUGUGCUCAGUUGAGGAGUCCCUGCACAACUGGAAUGGUGCCCGUUGCUGGACCAUGUGUAUUUCAGUGCUAUCCCAGGAGCUGUGCUGGCUGCCAGGUCUCUGCAAAAGACAAGUGAACACUUUGAGCAGCCUGCAGGGCAUUACUUCUGCAUUUCACACGCAUUUGAAGUGGAGUUUUUUGUUUGUUUUGUUGUCAUUUCUUUUUUUACUUGGAGUUCUUCGUCAUCGUUUUAAACUGCAGAUAAGAUUUUUAAGGCCUUUUGACAACUCUGAAAUCCUACUUUUAUCAAGCUGCCAUAAAUCUUUUCCUUACAGCUGUGAAAUUGUGCUGCAUUGCAAAACUCUGGAAUCAGCGACACUUUCCGAUUGCCAGUGUUGAAGAUCAGAACAUUUUUAAACUUGACUUCAUUUAUUUUACAAAUAAUAAAAUCUUGAAUGGGGGGAGGAGGAGGCCCUUUUUAAAAUUAGCUUUUAUUUGUACUGUAUUCUCAAGAGAAUUAGAUCUUAAUGAUUCCUUGAGGUGUAAAAUAUUCUGCUUUCUUAACAGUUCUGCUAAUGAGAAAACCUUCAAUAAAGUUUGGGUCAUUUCUGUUAUAA